AUGCCCAGUAUCCCUCAUCCUUUCACCAGUCGUGAUCAAAAGUCCACCAGCGAUACCGCGAGACCUUUCCCCUCUCCCGGGAGCCCUCGUCUUGGGGCUUCAUCAGCGGCACAGCACGGCCAGCCUGUCAAGCAUAAUCCUGCCGAGUCAUACUCUGCCGGAGACAGCAGUGUCUCCGCCAGUCGCCCAGGGACUUCGGAAGGUCUACGUAUGACAUCGGGGGGAGGUGCACCAUCCAGGAAGGCGUCGGAUGAACCUAUGCUAUCCUGGGACGAGGCUUCACAAGUCCCUUCAAGACCUACUUCAUCCCAGGGCAAGGCAAUUCGCAGAGGAGUGUUGAAGUCCAACACCUCUUCUUUUCCCACAGAAGCUACCAAGGGGGAAUCUUCUAAUGAUCCCAUGGACAACGAUGAGCUAGACGUGGACCGCAAGUUGGACCACCGGAAGCGUAAAAGAAACAAAGUCAUUCGUAGCUGCGUCCAGUGCCAUUCUCAUAAGCGCAAAUGCGACCGUAAACGACCUUGCGGUAGAUGCAUUGCUUUGGGCCUUACUGGGAACUGCGUUUACGAGAUCGAUGAACAACGUGAUCCAAAUGAUCCGGAGGUAGCUGAGAGUGAUCGUUUGCGCCGGCGCGUUGCGGAGCUCGAGCAAGUAGUGCGCGAUCUGCGACAGAAACCCUCUGCGCGAGCUCCAGCACCUAGCAAAGCUGCCUCGAUUCUAGACCAUGGCAGUGAUGGGGAAAACCGUCGCGUCAUCAUUGAUAGGUAUGCCCGCUUCAAGCUAGACGAAGCUCAGGCAGCGGACAACGUUGCUCGCCUAGGACAAAGUUCAGCUCCCGUCACUGUCAAAGCGGAAAGAUCGUCUCAAGAGGCAUCCGGUGGAUCAGCCGAUUACAGGGCUGAGCCGUACACGGCCAACCUCCUUCCGGGUGACGAGAUCAUGCACGACACCAGCGGUAGGACGGUAUAUCUGGGUGCUUCUGCUGGUCAAUCAAUGCUUCGAAGUCUCAAAGAAUUGGCUUCCGCAAAAGGCGACAGCGGUCUUUUGGCUGUGCCCGAAGAUGGCGUGUAUUCAGGUGCUUUCCCGAAUCUCAGAAAGACCUUCCCCUUCACUACUAUCUGGAGUCACGAGAAUUUCUGCGGAGAAAUUAUAGGUCUUCUGCCUAACCAAGCUCAAUCUGAACUUCUCUGGGAGGAUUGGGCCAAUACUUAUGGUUCUUAUGUGAGCCCAUUCCACAUACCGUCGCUCAAACAAGAGUACAGCAGCUUGUUUGCCAAGCUGCCCGACGAAAAAAUGAGCGUCCCUUUGUCCGCCCUAGCUGUAAUUCUUACCAUUUGCGCCUUGGGAUGCUUAUCAAGAGCUACCGCCGCAGAAAUGUUCGGACAUCCGAAUCGUGCUCAAAGGACCCCUGAUGACCUCGGAGGUCCGGAUGUCAAGGAGCCCAAAGACUUGACUACAAGCCGUUUGCAGAGCGAGCUGUAUUGUGGGCUUGUGAGCGAAAGAGCUGCAGAUGCGUGGGCCAUCGGCGGGAAUAUGAUCAAGCAAGCAACGGCGCUCGGGCUGCACAGAGACCCUCUGAGUCUUGACCCACGUGUAUCGGCACGCGAAGCUGAAGUAAAGCGGCGUGUAUGGUGGUCCGUGGCAUCUCUAGACGCCAUGUUCUCAAUCUUCUUCGGGCGUCCGAGCAGUAUCAACUUCUACACGACCAAUCUGCCGCAGGACAGAGCCGACGAGGAGCUUUCAGAAUCUCCGGGAAGUGCUCGAGAGUUAUCAACGUCCAAUGACUUGGACAGCAGAAUAACAGACCAGACUUUCCACACCGCCUACUAUCAACUGACUAUACCGUCUUUCGAAUUUCUCGAUGGUAUCUUCUUUGUUGAUCGGCAAGCUAGCCGGGAGGCACUAUACAAGUGGUUCUCGCCUCCACCGGACGCGCACAUGGCCUCUGAGGAGUCCCCCAAGCCCAAGCAUACAUACCGAGAUGCACUGCGGCUAGCAGAGGACUUGCGGCGGUGGUAUUCUCAUGUCCCCGACGGUCUUCGACUGGACGUCAACGAUAGUGUAGAAGAUCUGCACAAGUCAAGAAGUCGAAAGCGAUUGGGACAGACAUUAGCCUUGUGUAUCAAGACUUGGACUUUGACCUUGGUAAUCCAUCGCCCUUACCUCAGAGCAGAAGCCGACCCGGCCGCUUACCCGGAGUCCACCGCUUACUGCUCAGAAGCCGCCCAUAUGGUGUUGAAAGCAUACCGUGCAAUGGCCGGAGCUGAUAUCUCUCUUGUGUGGGCGGUCUGGUCAAUGUCAUACAGGGCCUUCCAAGCGGCUGCUGUCUGCGCAUUUCUAGCUUUAAGACAGCCCGGUACGGAGCUGGCUGCCAAGUGUACAGAGGACCUACGAGGCGCCAAAGAGAUAUUUGCAGGGAGACUGUCAACCUGGUUCAGUUCCCAUCCUGUUCAGAGCGACCUCUGUCAAGGCAUCAUUCAACUCGACAAACUUGUGUCCUUGGCCAAUGAUCAACACCGUCGGUCGCCAGCUCCCAUCACCUCGUAUAACGGCAUGUCUCCCGCAAUGUUUGGAUUCUUUGACGGUCCCCCAACCAAUGCUGGGAUUGGUGGCUCUCAGGUCGAACAGAAGGCGCCGCCUACACCUCUCACAGAGGUCCGGGCAUUUCAACGCCCUGCCUCGUCUGCCCGACCACUCAACGCAGCAGGCGCUUUCCAAACGAAUCCAGCUCAAUUUCCAAGCGGGAAUGAUUAUGGUCUGCCCAGGUCUUCCCAAUAUAACGGCGGCCUCUACAAUAUGGAUCAAGCAGAUUCCCUUGCCACAUCUCUAUCUGGUGACUUCAACGGGCCCAGCCCUCUCGCGUUACCUGGGUUCUGGGCGUCGAUGUUUGGCAUCAAGGUGGACAAAGAUGGGGAUGAGGCCUGGCAAUCAGAAAUGGUCUGGUAG